CAGAGUUUCAGAGAUUACCAGAUUAAUUUGAAUUCCAUAUUUUGGAGAUUGGCCUAUAUAAUUGUUGAAUUUUGCAUUUCAGAGAUUCUGUAGCCUUUGUAGGCCCUACAUGUUUGGCCUAUCAUUGAAACUUGUGUUUCCACAAAGCAUUAUCGUUGAAUUCCGUGUUUCAGGGAUAGUUUAUCUUUGAAAUCAGUGUAACCCAUAACAUGGUCACUUCAGCUUCUGUAUUACGUAGCUUGGUGACUGUGCUUUUAUUGGGCGCGAUCAGUCAAUGUGGUCGACAUGAGUGGUCACUCAAUCUUUGCCCAAUCGUUUAUUCUUAUUGCACGAUUCAGUGAUAAUUCUGCCAUCUUCCAGUCAACCUUUUCAGGAAGAAUUGUGCACAAACCAUAUGAGACUGGUCUAACAAAUUCUAAAUGUUUCUUACUACAUGCAUUUUCACUGCUAAAUUUGACUUUUUAGGACAUUUUUAUGUUGCUUUCAGAUGGGUAAUAGGUAGUGGCAUCCAUCUAUAGGUAGAAUGCUUUUCAGAUCGACCAACUGCACAGAGUGAUUAGACAAUGAGCAGAUUGUCCAGUUGCUCCCAAUUCUCUCACACUAACCAUCAGCAAGUACAUGUAGGUGUACAUGUACAUGUAGGCCUACCUUCAUCGUGCUUAGACCAUGGAGAAAUAAGAAUACCUAAUGACUGGUGCACUGUGAUUCCUUCUCCAUUUUUAUUCUCUUUACUGUGAGUUUGAUGGUCCUAAUAGCGUCCCAGUGAAAAAUCACAUUUUUAGCGUAAUUUUGCUGCUGCAAUGCUGAAAACAUACAAACUACCUUAAACCGAAUUCCUCUGAGGUUUUUUCGUGCUAUCUGCUGUCAGGCCUUAUAAGUUCAACGGUUAUUUGUAAUCGCUCAUGCCCAUAUAUUUGCUUUGAUUUUUGUGAUGAAAAUGAAGUUAGAAAUGUAUUAGAAUUCACCUUUUGAUGUUCGCAUGCAUUGUGUAUGUAGGAUGUCUUGACAAACAUUCAAUAUAUUUUAUGCAUAAUCCUAUAGAAGAAUUGUACCUCCAAAACAAAUAUUUUUCCACUUGAUCACAUACUCAAAACCAAGCCAUCCUCUUUCCACACUAGAUUGAGAUGAAGUUAUUUACAAAAAAGAAAUUUUAAAGCUCAUCAGAAAGAAGCAAAUUUGGAGAACCUUGGUCAUGAACACCAGUUUCUGUCUUAAACCAUGAUCCUGAAUACUUAUGAGCUUGUAUUAGCCAAUGCGAACUUAAAGCUCAAUCAUCUCAUAUUGACCAAUUAUGUUACUCUCUCUGCCUAAAGUGAAUUGUGCCUGUUUAAGACGGACAUUCUAGAGUGACUUUCUUCUUGCUACUUUUGAGAAUUUGUUAUUUUGAAAAUGUUUCUUGUUCACGUACUAUGCGUCCAUUUCUGGCUUGCCAAGUGUACCUUAGAAAUUUUCUGAAGAAACUCACAACUUGAUUUUUGACUGGUUCACUAAUUGCCAAGUACAUGUAUGUGCCACUUAAAAUUCUCCAAGUUUCCUUUCAAAAGUCAAUUCUAUGUUGAUUGUCUUUGAUCACCACAGCGUCAGCUGUUAUUUUAAUCUCCAGCAGGUUGUUGUAUCAUGGAUGCUCUCAAGGCCUAUCACAGCUCAGACUCUGAUGAUGAGACAGUACCGCAUCCCAACAAGCCCCCAAAUGAUGUGGAGACUUUUGAUAUUAAUAAGCCCUUGGACACAGCAGCAAAAUUGCCUCCGCCAUAUCUUGAUUUUAACUUCUCAAAGAGACAGCACGGUGGUGAAAGUUCUGACGAAGCUGUGUGUCAUCCUUUGUUGCCAUGGAGUGGACCACCUAGAAGAAACAGAAAACAUGAUCUUUGGAAACAGCAGGUUAGUGCUGGAAACCAGACCUCCGCCGUUAACUCUGGUCACAUGGCUUGUACAUCUGUAGCAGAAACAGAGCCAUCAAUGCACAACUUGUCACUGGCAUCAUCGGCUGGAGCUCAACAUAAAGCAGGAGAGAGGAUGUUCCAAGGAAAGUCUGAUGUAACAUGGCACACGAGUGCCACAAGCAAACGACAAGCAGUGAUCCAGCCUUAUGUUCCUAAGAGACUGCGCCCAUCCCCUUCAUGUGCCUGUCAUGCAGACCCUCAAAGUCCUCAAGGAGAGCCCACUCUGGAAAGUUUAAAAGAAACCAUGUACAUAACACAGCCUGUGAUAGCAUGCCAAAUGGAGAGACAUCUGACUUCCAAGCUUCCUAAACACAAAACGUUUCAGUUCCACUCACACACGGGACCAGUAACCUGCAUCAGGUGGUGCCGUCCUCAGUUCAGCCACCUUCUGUUGUCCUCUUCCAUGGAUAAAACCAUAAGGAUCUGGAAUGGGAUCGGCACUGUCGGAUGUUGCCUGCAGAUAUUUAAUUGCCACAGGGGUGCCGUGAAGGAUGCCCAGUUCACGGAGGGAGGUCGACGUGUUCUCAGCUGUGGUUUUGACAAAACAGCGAGGCUUUGUGAUGUGGACUCAGGAAAGGAGCUCCAGGUUUUUGAGCAUCCAUCGUACGCCACUUGUAUCAAGACAAAGCGAGAUGAUCCAAGUAUCUUCAUCACCGGCACCUACAACUCCUCCAUCUUCUGCUGGGACAUACGCACAGGGCAGAACGAGCAAGAGUACAGAGGCAAGCUUGGUCAGAUACUUGACCUGGAGUUUCUGCCCGGCUGUGAGGAGUUUGUGUCCUCUUGUGACGUGGUGAGUCGGGACUCGGCCAACAGGACUAUCAUGGUGUGGGACCUGAGAUCAACAGCGGUGGUGUCUAACCAGCUAUACCAUGAGAAAUACACCUGCCCUUGCUUGAGACGUCACCCUAGUGACAGCGUAUUCGUGGCCCAGUCUACGGCCAACUACAUCGCCUUGUUCUCAACAGUCAGGCCCUAUAAGAUGAACAAAUUCAAGCGCUACGAAGGUCAUCAGCUGGAAGGCUACCGCAUUGGCUGUGAUUUCUCUCCCGAUGGCACUCUUCUGAACACUGGCAGCUGCGACGGCAGGGUGUACGUGUACGAUUAUCGCACCUCCAGAAUCCUGAAGACGUUACAGUGUCACGCUGGGCCGUGCACCGAUGUCGCCUGGCAUCCUGUGCUACCUGGAGUCAUGGCAUCGUGCAGCUGGGAUGGGGCUGUGCAUGUUUGGCAGUGAAGGGGGCAGACCUUUUUGUGUUUUCUAAACGUUGAAAUCGGUUCGUCUCAAACCAGGGCACAAACUCUACUGUGACUUGCCUGGUCAUGGCAAUGAGGCUUGCUUAUGAGCAUCUUCUGGGGUUUUCCUCCCACCACUAAAACUGUGACUUCUUGUAAUUGUCUACUCUCUACAGGUUUCUUCAGGCUUUCAAGCUGCAGCGCCUAGGGCACUUUAGAGGAAUCCUUGGUUUCAUUACCAGAAAGACUCAAAUAAAAUCAAUCAAUCAAUCUACACUGGCUACCUGAUCUCAGGGAUAGGACAGGCAGGUGUCUCAGCUCGUAGCGUUUCACUGGUUGCCAUGUGAACUGCACUGCACAGAAUGGCUGCAGUAGAAUUCAUAUGUUGUCCCACAAACUACUGCAUGUAAUUAAUUGGUGUAUAGAAAUCUUGCCAUGUAAUAUACAAUUUCGAAGUUGAACUUUUCACCUUAGCGGAGGGGUCCCUCAGAUGUCACAGCUGUAGGCCCCUACAUAAUGAUAAAAUGGUUGUCACAAUCAUAGGUAAUAUUAUUUCAAGCCUUAAUGCCCCCCACCGUGCCAGAGCUUGACAGAGACACCAUAUCAAACUAGAAAACCUUGAACAAUGCCAGACAGGAAACAUGAUUUGUCAUUUUCACUGUUAUUUAUUAUUUGUGCAAUAAAAACCAUACAGUUGAUAUUUUUAACACUA